ACCACACACCUUAUGUAGCGCGUACGGCACGUAACGCUACAAUUGCUGAGAAUGACAAAUCUCAAUUUUUUUUAAAUUAUAGAUGCAUAUUUUGAAGUGAAAUAAAGUAUUGUGACCUUGAAGAUUGAAAAUCCAUUAAAGGAAAAAAGAUAUAUGGUACAAGUUGAAUUAAAAUUAAAAUCUGUAAAGACGUGAAAGAAGAUGUGUAGAGGAGAGUUCCAGCGUUGCAUUGUAAAUUCAUAAUAGCAAGUGUGUUGUGAUUGGAAAAAAAGCAUUUUAGGAUUUUAAUACUAAGAUGGAACAGUUUGACAUGCAGAGUUUUCUGGAAUUGAAAUCGUGCUGUGAUGAUCUGAUAAAAAAUCCAAACAAAGAUCAUGCACGCAGAGUCGCGCAGUUAGCUAGAAACAUCCCUGAUAAAAUCAUGCAAGAUCUGUCAGGGUACUGUCUACUUCCUGUUAUCACCAGCCUACAAAGCAAUUCAAGUAUGACUGUGAAAGAGGAACUGAUAAGGACGAUGAGAGUUGUAAUACAAAAAACUAGAAUUACAAAAUUGAAACUUUUUUUUGACAUCUAUGGCUCUUUGUUGAUCCAGAUUUUUGACAAGACUCAGCCCAAUCAAAUGAUCUUAUUUCAUGAGGAACUUAAGGAGGCAGUGGCUUUAUGUAUUAAAGAUCUUGUUCACCAAAGCACUACUGAUGUGAUAGACUCACUUUAUAUCAAAGAAAAUGUGCUGAAACUUGGUCAAGGAAUAUUUUUAUGUUUAACAAUUGCAAGAACUGAAAAGUCUUUUCUUGUAAGAUUAGCUGGGAUAGAAGCAGUAAUGGCUUUGUGUCAUAUUGAUGAUCAAACUAUAGAUAAAUCUGACAUCAUUAUACAAGAUCAAGUAGCAAAUACUAUCAUGGCAUUUUUUCCUGGUGUUGUCUGUGGACUACAGGAAAUAGCAACGGGAAGUGAAGUUCAGAAUCACAAACUUACAGUGAUAGCAACUCGAGCAUGGGGGAGAAUCAUAUCUCUUGUAAUCCGUGAUAAGGAUGAAGAAAACACUGAAGAAGACGCUUUAUCUAUAGAAACAAUUAUAAAGAAAGGUUCUAGUGUACCCACUGAUGUAUCACAUAAUACAAAGCAUAAUGGAAAAUGUGAUAUAGAAUAUAAUUUGAAAAAAGGUAUAAGAAAUAAAGAAUGGUUUGAGGCUGUAGCUAUUAAACUUGGUUUAUGUAUACCAUUGUUAGACCAAAUCAGAAGUCAUUCACAUUACCAAGUUAAGAGAGAAUUAGUUGAAAGUAUCAGUCUUAUACUUAAAAAUUGUCGCAGAAAUAUGAAACCAAAUAUUAUGGCAUUACUAGAUUACUUGAUUUCCCUAUCUGAAGAUGAAUCCUUAGAAGUUAGUGAAAAAGCGCACAACGUGUUACAUGCAAUAAGUGAAAACUAUAUGCAAAAUUAUGAUAUGAAAUCAUUGAUUGAUUCAUUGGAAGAUAAAUUUUAUAGCUUACUUACAAGACUGCCGACUAUUAUUAGACGAUCAGAUGAUAAUGAACAAUUAGCAUACAUGAAUCAAUUUGCUGGCUAUUUAAGAUUAUUUGGAAAACAACGAUUGCCUCACAUUAUGAGGUCUCAGACUCACAUGCAAAGACUGCUUUUAGCUCUUGUGUACAUUAUGGUCAUAGAUUACAACAACGUGUCUCUUCUACAGACGGCAAACGUGAAAGAUUUAGAUGAUCCUGCAUAUUUUUAUGGAUCAGAUUCGUGGAGACAAUUUAAGUUUAUUAAGAAUAACUCGUGCAAAGAAAAACUUAUUACGAUAUGUAAGCUACUCGGAGAAUGUGGAGAUUUUAGAAUAUUAAUCGACACUAUUUUCGAGCUUAUGACGGAUGCACCACAACACAGGAAGGAAUUGAGUUUGUUACUUAAUUGGAUUUUAGUUUCUGUUAAAGAUUCAUCCUCUUUAUGUUUAUAUAAGGAAAUCGUAGAUUUUUACACAACACAAGAAGUAUGGUACUUGCCUACAGAAGUAACUGAAGAUAUUUCUUUGAUGCAGGCACAGAGCAAUAUAGUGCAAUGUUGCCUUUUGACAGAAGGAUUAGGUCUUAUAGCACUAAAUUUACAGCAUGACUACGAUAGAUAUCUUUUAAAAACCUUAUAUUUAAUCAUUGAAAGAGCGGGCAGUGGGAACAGUUUAAUCAGUUAUAUUGGAGUGCGCGCUCUUGAAAAUGUCGCGAAAGCACAGCACCAUGGGACAAUCGGUGAUCUAUUACGUGCUAAUGUAGAUUAUUUUUCUUAUCACAUUAUAAUGAAAUUACGCCAAGUAGAUCGCAAUCCCGGCGUAUUCGACGUUAUCAAGGUUGUUAUGAAGUAUAGCAGAUUAGAUUUUUUGCCGCACUUGAAGGGAAUUGUGGAGGAUGUACUCAGGCAACUAAGCACCCCUUAUCAUCAAAAAGAUACUUGUUCAUUCUUGAAGAUAUUUCACACAUUUAUUAUAUGUAUAAAAACGUUGAUAAAUUGGAAUAAUGAAAAAGUAGCAAAAGAAGAAGAUGCAUCAACUACAAAUAAUAAUAAUCUUUCGGAGACAAUUAUUCUUUCUUUGUUGGAAUAUUAUAAUGCAAAAAAGAUUGAUGAAAAAAUUGAGGAAGAGAUAAAAUUAGACACAAAUGUACCAGAUACCGAGUUACCGGAAGAGAUAAAUGAGGAUUAUUCAGAUCUCAGUACAGAAGACAAACAAGACAAAAAGUUACCAACUCAUAUAACGAUAAUCAUAGACGUUAUGAGACGUUGUAUACACUUUCUACCUUUGAAGGAUGUGCAAAAGUCACUGAUGGCAAUGCAAACGCUUCAGGAGGGCUUACCGAUGUUAGUUGUGUGGGAAAAUGAACUACUGCCUCUUGUGCAUCAGUUGUGGCAUCCACUGAUCGACAGAUUCAACGAUGAAAAUGUUCUUGUAAUUAACCAUGCGUGGCAACUCUUGCACGUACUCGCUAAUAUAUCGAAUGAUUUUAUCAGAAGCAGAACACUACGAGAGGUAUUGCCGUUAGUAUUUAAGUUCUUGACUAAGUCUUCUACAGAAAGUAUUAAUAAGAACUCGGUAAAUAUUUACAAAUUUACACAAACUUACAAAACCCAGUACGAGUUGUUAUCUACGUUGGGAAUAAUCGCGCGGCUCUUGAAACUGCGUGAGCACGAGUUAUGGCAAAUAUUGAGUAAUACACAAUUGUACCUUAAUGCACGUCAGCAUACCACAUUACAGGCAUGCUGUAUAAAAUUGUACAAAGAUAUUGCUGAUUAUAAUGAGGAUAUCGCAUGGACGAAAUGCCUUAGUAUCUGGAAUUCAAAAGUUGCACAAAUAGUGUCUGAUGCAACAUUUGAUAUAAAAAAUCUACUGGUUUCAGAUGUUGCUCCAUUAAAUGAAUAUUAUAGAAAUAUAAAUGAAAUCAUUAUGUAUAUUCAACAAAAGAAUAUCAACCGUUAAAUAAAUAUAUUUAAAAAAGUAUUAAAAACUAUAAUAAAAUGGAUACCUUAGAAAUGUGAUAAAUAAUAUGAAUAUUAUUAAGCCAAAACUCUUUGAAUAAUGCGUUAUUCAAUUACAAAGCAGCAUUUUAUACUGAAGUAAUAUUAAUCUUAUAAAAGGUAAAUGGAGUAUUAGGUCUAUUUAUAUGUUUAUAUAAAUUUCAUAAGCAUUACAGAAUAAAAAAAUUUUU